AUGUGCGGUGACUCCGGAAUGACCACAAGAAUCGAUGGGUGCCCUUCUUGCGGAUACAGACGUUGUGCGAACUGUCCAGUUCAGACAGUCAAAGUACGAUAG